AUGAAAAGAAAAAAAAAAAAAUCAAUCAACCACCACCACCACCACCAAAAAAUAUCUAGUACUGACAUCAUCACCAUCUCCAUAACGAUGUCACUCCCGUAUACGAUCGAAUUGAAUAUUCCAUUUGAAACCUCCAAUCAAGCAGAAAUAGCAAAGAAUACGCUAUCACCAGACCCAAUACUUAGAUCAGAUGAGUUGACAAUUGAUUAUGCUACAGAUUCCAACAAUCUAAAAGUGAAAUUUUCAGGAGUAAGUGAUAGAGUUAUACGAGUCGCCAUAAGUAAUAUGAUUGAUAAUAUUAAAACAAUUAUAGAAUGUAUGGAUGAAUUUGAUGGUAAAAAAGAUCACUCGUUUGAAUUACAAGAUUAUAAGAAUAAUGGAUAG